ACUUUUGAUAUGGAUUACCAAGUUUGACAAGAUUGACAACAGUAAGGAUGGGACGGAAAGGAAUUAGGCUAUAAUCAUAGAACAAUAAUAGUGGACGAUUAGGUAAAAUAAACAUUAAACUUUUACAGUAUUACCUGUAUAAAGAUUUGAAUUGAAGUUAACCAAGUGUAUUCAAACAAUUAAGGAAGAUGGAAAGGAUUCCCGAGCAAAUGGGUUAUUUGAUCAUGACAAUGGAUGGAGCUGUGAUUUCCUCAGGUGGUGAUUUAGAAAAUAAUGAAAAAAUUGCGGACAUUAUAUCAAAAACAAUUGGAACUAGUAAAAGCUUAUAUGUACCCGAUGAACAAUUCCAAAACAUGUCAAUUUUGUUUCAACAUUAUCAUUAUUCUGUUUGUGUGUCAAAUAAGAAAAUCCAUGUCUCUAAAAUUAGACACGAUCCCAACGCAUUAGAAAAUGAUGAAGUCAAAGUAAUUACAGAAAGUUCUUGAUUGGAAAAUCUAGUUUUUUUCUAUAUUCUAAGGCACAAGAUAAAAAUGUCUAAGUUAAGUAAUUCCUAUUGUAUAAGUAGGUGCUACCAUUUUAUAUAGUGUUAAAAAUAUUUCAAAUGUAUUAAAUUAUAAUAUUUAUUGUUCACAUUACUAUUGAAUCAGUUUGAGUUAAACCAUUAAAGAUGCACUUAAGCUUAA